CAGACACGUGAGAUAAAGCAUGACUUUUGCUGUUGACAGUUACAAUAACAUUUUACCUGCUGGAAGCGGACGUGUUUUCAUUCUAGGCUUCAAUUAAUAUUUAUUGCUAUAACUAUAUUUUAAAGCAUGGACAUCGAUUUUGAAGACGAACUACUAUGCAAAAGAAUCAAGUUGGACACAGCCGAUCGCCAUCUGAAUUUCUCCAUUUCCCCAGAUGAAUGUGAAAUGCUUUCAGUCAAGAAACCAAAGAUACCAAGGGACCCAAUGUCUCACAGAAUUAUUGAAAAGAGGAGGCGGGACAGAAUGAACAACUGUCUUUCAGACCUCAGCCAGCUCAUACCCUCAAAUUAUUUAAAACAGGGCCAGGGUCGUAUUGAGAAGACAGAGAUUAUUGAAAUGGCCACGCGGCACAUCACACAUCUCCAGAAUCUCAACAAACUGUUUGGUGAGAAUGAGGACAGAAUCAGCAAUGACAAGAAGCUGUGUUGUAAGGGCAAGUUUUAUCUGGGCUUCAAGGACUGUCAGGAUGAGAUCAUGCGAUUCUGUGUGGAACAAGAAGGCUGGGAUGCCAAUGACCCUCUGUGCUGCAAAAUCAUGUCUCACCUAAACCAAACGAGUAGCAAGUUCAUCAGCUCUGCAUCAGGUAAAGGAUCCACAUCUUGUUCUGUGGAUGAUGUUAAUAUCACUGACGAAUGUAGUAACCAAAGCUUGUCACCUCCAGAUACAGGGCCAUAUUUGAUGGCUGAAUCCUCUAAAUAUCCUGAGACUUCUGACAAGAUCAAGUCUCUAAUCAAACAUGAGAAUAGUGUGGAGGGCAGUUGGUCAGACUAUGAUCAGUGUGACAAAAGCCUCAGGAGUUUGCUUAAACCCACAGAUUGUUCCUCGGGUACUUCAGGCGAGGCUUGUGCAGCGUAUAUGGCGCUAAAAGCGUAUGAGGAUAGUACAGCUUAUCCAAACAGACAAGAGGACGCUAGUUACGCCGGCAGUGAUUUCAGUUCUGUAAGCAAAAUCAGGACAGGUGCAGACUCUGAUCAAAGUGGCAGUAAUGUGUACAAAUUCAAACACAACAUCACUAAACGCUUCUCCCAGGAUGAGAAGUACCACCAUCCAACAGUGACCAGUGCCACUAGCUCAAGAAGCUGGCAAUCGGACGAUAGCAGCAAACCAGGCCGAAAAGUGUCGCGUCACGGAUCACGCAGCCCAAGCUCAGAUGACACCAACUAUCCAGCCUCCAGCCACAGCUCAUACGGCGCAGACAGAAUAUGUAAAAAAGGUCUCAAGAAGUCUGAAACAAGUAACACCCCCUUGCCAGCGUUUGUGCUGCACCCAAAGGGAACACAUUACAUCCCACUGUCAAUCCAUCCAUCACACAUUCAGAAUAUCUUUCCCAAGGAAUCGAGUAGAGACAGUUCUGGCUCAAACUUUCCUGCAUAUCAUCCCAUCAGUAUUCCUGUGAACUUUUCAGGACCCUGUGUUUCGAUCAAGAACUUACAACCGCCAUGUUCAGCCGACAUUGCGGAAACAAUAGAGAAAAACGCAGACAGAAACAGUUAUACAGUGUUGUAAUUCAGUUAAUGUACUUUUAUGAGUGACUUGAUAGAAUCUCUAAUGCAGUUUCAAUGAAUUUUCUCAUUCCAAAGAUAUGCAGUAAAUCAAAUUAAUUUGUGGCAAAGUCGUAUCUGUUUUUAUACAAUGUGAAUUUGAUGGUGAUGUAGUGAAGUGUCUCGUUUGAAGGGCUUUCAAAGGUAGUAUCUUUAUUCCAUCAAAUUUAAUUUCCAUUUUCAUACAGAAGGGAUAUGUAUAGUUAGCUGUGUACUCAUGUUAUCCAUUGUAAUGAAUUUGCCCUCAGUGGGCAAAAUACCUAAUAGGGGGGGUUAAAGUGACAAGGCAGAAAUGCUUAAGUGACAAGGAUAAAAGGAGGAAAUGCUCAAGUUACGGGG